UGAAAGAGAUGCUAUAUGCAGCUGUGGACCAGGCCCCUUCUAUAGAAGUAUUAUGAUGGACUUCCAUCAUCCAAAUAAGUUCCCAGAAACCCAAAAUGGAGUGGUGCUGGAGAUGGAAUCUAAUGCAGACACAGAUGAGGACACAGUGAAAAGGUGUUUUGCCACGUUUGAAGAGAAGUUCUUCCAAACCUGUGAGAAGGAACUUGCCAAAAUCAACAUUUUCUAUUCAGAAAAGCUUGCAGAAGCUCAGCGCAGGUUUACUACUCUUCGGACUGAGUUACAGUCAACUUUGGAUGCACAGAAAGAAGCCAGUGGGGCUUCCACGCUGCAGCGGCGCAGAAAGCCGGUCUUCCACCUGUCCCACGAAGAGCGUGUCCAGCAUAGGAAUAUCAAAGAUCUGAAAUUGGCCUUCAGUGAGCUCUACCUCAGCCUCAUCUUACUGCAGAACUAUCAGAACCUGAACUUCACCGGCUUCCGCAAGAUCUUGAAGAAGCAUGACAAGAACCUGGAGACGACGCGGGGGGCAGAAUGGCGGGUGGCCGAGGUGGAGGUGGCACCCUUCUAUACCUGCAAGAAGAUCAACCAGCUUAUCUCUGAAACAGAGGAAGUGGUGACCAAUGAGUUAGAAGAUGGAGACAGACAGAAGGCUAUGAAACGUUUGCGUGUUCCACCCUUAGGAGCAGCUCAGCCUGUACCAGCCUGGACUACAUUCAGGGUUGGAUUGUUCUGUGGGUUGUUCAUUGCACUGAACGUCACUGUCAUACUUUCAGGUGUGGCUUUUAUAGAUGGACCAAAUGUGUGGCCACUGGUGAGAAUCUAUCGAGGUGGCUUUCUCCUGAUAGAAUUCCUCUUUCUCCUGGGUAUCAACACAUAUGGCUGGAGACAGGCUGGAGUGAAUCACGUCCUCAUCUUCGAACUCAAUCCCAGGAGCAACUUGUCCCAUCAACAUCUCUUUGAGAUUGCUGGUUUCCUGGGGGUUUUGUGGUGCCUGAGCCUGCUGGCAUGUAUAUAUGGUAAAUUCACCUACAUCCCUAUGCAGGUGAAUCCGCUCAUCUUGUACGGCUUCAUGUUGCUUUUUCUCAUCAACCCCACCAAAACCUUAUAUUACAAGUCCCGUUUUUGGCUGCUCAAACUAUUGUUUCGAGUGUUCACUGCUCCCUUCCACAAGGUAGGCUUUGCAGAUUUCUGGCUGGCUGAUCAGCUCAACAGCCUGGUUGUGAUACUCAUGGAUCUGGAAUACAUGAUCUGCUUCUACAGCUUUGAGGUUCAGUGGGAGAACAAUGCUGGACUUCUGGCAAAUACAGAUAAUCAGAUUUGUUACAGCUACUCCUACGGAGUGAGAGCAGUUGUCCAGUGCAUCCCUGCUUGGUUGCGAUUCAUCCAGUGCCUGCGCCGUUACCGUGAUAACAAACGGGCCUUUCAUCUGGUUAAUGCUGGAAAAUAUUCCACCACCUUCUUCGUGGUGACAUUUGCAGCCCUCUACAGCACUCACAAAGCUAAAAACCACAGUGACACCCAAGUGUUCUUCUACCUGUGGAUUAUCUUCUAUUUCAUCAGCUCUUGCUAUACCCUUAUUUGGGACCUGAAGAUGGACUGGGGUCUCUUUGACAAAAAUGCUGGUGAAAAUACCUUUCUUCGAGAAGGAAUUGUCUACCCACAGAAAGCAUACUACUAUUGUGCCAUUGUAGAAGACGUGAUCCUGCGUUUUGCGUGGACCAUCCAGAUCUCCCUCACUUCCAUGCAAAUCUUUCCGUAUGCCGGGGACAUAAUUUCUACUGUAUUUGCCCCACUUGAGGUAUUCCGGCGGUUUGUGUGGAACUUCUUCCGUCUGGAGAACGAGCACCUGAACAACUGCGGUGAGUUCCGUGCUGUGAGGGACAUCUCUGUGGCACCGCUCAACGCUGAUGACCUGACGCUCUUGGAUCAGAUGAUGGACCAGGAAGAUGGUGUACGAAACCGCCGCAAGAACAAACAGUGGAAGCGCAGCCAGAGCGUGUCCUUGCGCAGACCGCGUCUUGCUUCACAGUCCAAGGCUUGUGACACUAAGGUAUUGAUAGAGGACCUAGCGAAUGAAGCGAACACAUGAGAUGGCCACGGGCUCUUAUUCCGCAUCCUUUGUUUUCUCGUUCUGUUCCCCUCUUCCCCAAGUAACCCAAUCUCUGGUACAGUUCCAGCUGAAAACAGGAGAAAACACUGAACACGUUUUCCGAGCUCUUCCAGACCAGAUCCUAUGGACUCCAACAAGCUCACUGUGUUUCGUUUCUUUUCUUCUGGGUUAAUUUUAAUGUUCUAUUUUAAAAGAAAAAAAAAUAAAAUAUUUUACUUUGUUUUGCCAAUAAAGCGGACAGUUCAGGAAAGAAGGAUUGUUUACAGUCUCAACAAGGACAUACAAACCUAUCUGGAUAACGAAGCAUCAUAGGGACUCCCUCAUGGGACAGUGCUGAGAGCACACUUGGUUUCUGCUUGGCCCGGUUUUGACUGGUUGAAACCGGACUUAAGUUUUUAAAUCUGAUUGUUUUGUUUUGUUUUGUUUUUUUCUUCAUAUCCAGCGCUGAGGCACUGGCUGCACUUGCAGGGAAAGUGCACUUAGAGCAGUAUCUUCAUUCAUGAAGCUACUUUUUAAUUUGAUGUAACUUUUCUUAUAAUUUUUUGGAAAUAUGAUGUAUCUGUUGCAUAUAGUUUUCACAUUAUUUAUGAAACUUAACAACCAUAUGAGAGUGAUUUUUUGAGUCCUGUGCAAUGAAGGUUGUAACGGUGAAACAAAGCUGGGAAUGUAGAUCUGGAUCUCCAGGGUUGUGGGGUUAUGCCCUGCAAAUACCCCUCUCGUGAGGCAACUUGCACCUGUGUUUACCUUUUCUCUCUCUCUUUCUUUUCAGUUUUGUUUUAUUUUAAACCAAAGUUUCUCUUUCUGAUUUUUUGAGUUGCUGCUGCUGCUUCUGGGCAUGUCCCUUGUGCCGGUUCAACGCCAGCUUUCCAUGCAGCUGUGUGAAAGUAGUGCAGAUGAUCCUAAGGCCCUUUUGAAAGGAGUGUUGGGUCCUACCAACAGUGCAAAAAGCUAGGUGAACAAAGGCUUCAGAAUUUCAUUCUCCAGAUCAAAAAGGAUUUUUCAAAGCCUUAAUAAUCCUUAAAUAGAUGGUGUGAGGGCAUCCCGUAUGGAGCAGGGGGCUUUCCUGGUGUUCUCCUGCAGCCCAGCACAGCAGGAGUGAAGUGGGAGAAGGCAGGGAGGUGAGUGUUAGAGAGCUGUCGGGGAGCAUGGAAGGGCUGUGUUGUGCCCACCUGAUGGGGAAGGUGAAACUGAGAACAGGUCUCCUCGUGGCUUCUGGUUUGGCAAAAAGCCUCUGUCGGGCGGUAUCCCGGCACGCUGCCCUGGGGCUUGGCUGUCACUCGUGUCCCUCGCCUCGUCUCACUAACCCAGUUUGGGAAGCACGAUAUUAUUAAGUAGGCUUGGGUAAAGGGCAGCCGUAUUGCCGAGCAAAUUAUGUCGGGAGAGCGAUGCUAACUCAGUGGUCUUGUUGGUCUCUCCUCCCGCAGGAAAGGAAACAGGGGCCCGCAGAGUCCCGCUGUCCUUCCCCUGGCGUGCCGUGCGCUCCCUGCUCUCUCGCAGCCGUGCCGGCGGGCGAGGGGGAGCUGGAGCUGAACCUCACAGCCAGGGCUGCUGCUGCUGCUGGGUCGGGUCGGCGUGGGCGAGGUCCCCGGGACUGCCGCCUCCCCCUCUGCCCGGACGGCGGGCGGCAGCCAUGGUGCACAGCUAGGUCUGCAAGGGAAGGGUGAAGCUCCUGAAGUAGGAUCCUCGCACUCAUGUCUGCCUGGUGACUUGCCUCUAGUUUGGGCGACGGAAUUGCAAGGAUCCCUGCUUAGCUGCUGUUCAGUGGUUAUUGUUUUUUUAAUUAGCUAAUAGCAUUGUUUCUCCCAUGACCGGUACGUUGCGUUUUUCUCAGUUUGCCUGCUGUGCCUCUUGCCCAGAGGAACUGAAGAAGGAAACUUAGUUCUCUUAAUUCAAUUUGAAAUAGAUUAAAACUCACUGGUGGUGAACCCUGUGCCAGGCCAAGGGCAACUCUGCAAACCUGUAACUACCUACGCUUCUCUGACAUGCGCUCAACUUAGAAAGAAACUGGGACAGAGCUGCCAGGAGACGCCUCUGCUCUGUCGGUGCGGUGCGUGGUGGAGUAGCUGGUGUGUCUGCUGUGGUGCUGCUCCUGGCAGCUCCGGCGGGAGGGCAGCUGGACUAGCAGGACUUGUGCUGUUCAUCUUUUCAGUGCCCAGGAACCUGUUUCCCCCUGUUGAACUCCGUUAGGUCUGUUCUUACUUAAACGGAGGGUUCCUGUUUGUAUGGAAGUGGAGUCUGAGAUAUUAAAGCCCCUUAUAAUAUUUCACUUUCCUAAUUUGCAUUGCAGCGGUUGUUGCCGUGUCCAAACGUUGCGUAGGUGUUUUCAGCGAGAGCGGGGGAGACGAGUGAAGCCAAACAUACAUAGGGGUGUUUAGAGGAGGGCAGCAGCACCAAGGGGGGGCAAUCCAAAAUAAACCAGUGCUGUUACUUAAGCAAGUGGUUCUCUACAAAAAGAAACAGAGUUUACUGGUAGUCCCUCCUUUCAGAGGGAAGGAAUAGUAGUACAGAGAGACGUUUUGGAGUGGGAGCCAGUCCCUGGGAGCACUCUGCCUUCCUCAGCUGGGCUGGGGAGAGCGGGGCACGGACCCUGCUGCUGCACCAUCCUACUGCCCGCUUCCCAACCUGGCGGGGAGGGUCAAGGUGUGAGUAAUUCAGUUCUUAUUCUGUAGUUUACCCCAAAUCCUUAGGGGAAGCAAGAAUUCAGUCUGUUCAUCUGCUCUGCUCCCUGCUCUGCUCUCCCCCUUUUUCUCUGUCUUUGCUGGCAGGAGAAAUAAGAAAAAGGGGAGGUGGCAUGCUGCAGCUAGCAAACGUUAUCUCCUAAAAUAAAACAUUGUCCCUUUUGGCAGUGAAGAUGCUCCCUCGGGGGAAAGGAGCCUGAAUUCCUGGAGGCAUGGUUUUUAAACGCUCCCAGCUCCCCAGCCCUGCGUCUGCCUGUUCCCUCCCUCCCAGAGAUUUCUGAGAAGUCAGGCAUGCAGAUUCCUUCUGAGAGUGAGAGCUAAAGCUGGGGUGGCUCCGCAUCUAUAAGAACAUCUGGCCAAUAAAGGCACCUAACGAAGCAGAGCAGAUGGUGAGAGAAAAUAGUCCCGUCGCCCCUUGUGAACAGCCUGCGCAAGGGGAGCAAGGGGAGCGGGGACAGUCCCAGGGCGGCUUCGUUUCAUGAGUGGGCUUUGCUAAUGGGGGCUUGGAAACACCCCUGGAGGGAGAAGAGCAGGGUGAGAACCCAGAAGCGUGGAGAGCAGAGUUAAAAGGAGCUGGGGUUUUUUUAUCCAGCGCUUUAGCUGUUGGGAUGUAGCUGGAUGGAAAGUGGAAGCUGAGAUAGGUCUGUGCUCUGUCGCGGAGCAGCGCUGGCUUUCGGGUGUUGGGCUCUCCUUCGCAAUUCGGUGCAGAGGUUGUCAGAGGUUGUGGUUGCGUGCGGCUCUGAGGAUGGUGUGGAAGCCGCUUUUGUCUGCCUGAAACCCUUGCAGAUGGCCCCAUCUAAGGGGAGGAGAUGCCGCAGUGUGGCCGGUCACUUUUGGAGAUUCCCUUUGAACUCGCUUCUCCACACCAAUUCCCUGCUGCUUUCCAUCCUUCCUGCUCUUCCAGGGAUUUUCAGGUUGCCGGGGGUUAGGAUUUGCAGCAUCCAGAGUUUAUUUUCCAGUGGGAGUUCCCUGCGUGACUUUGGGACCAUGUCACCAGGUCCCUCUGCCUGGGGAAGGCAAUGCCAAGUGCUGUGAGUGAGCGCUCCUGGAGGGGCAGCGGGGCAGGUUUGGGCUUUACGGGCUUGGUAAGCAGGAGCGGGAGUUGCUCCAUCAAUGGGAACCGAUGCUGUUGCCACCAUGUUUUUAAGAAAUGCAUUUGCAGUGCUCAUGGCUGUGGCCUGUAGGUAUCAAAUAAGCUCCUACCUCUCAAAUCCAGGCGCGUUCUCAAAGUCGGCUGUUGCUCGUCCUGCACCUUUCCCCGCCCUGCUCCCAGCCCUCCUUGUUUUGUCAGUGUCUUUGCCGUUUGUCCAAAGCCAAUGGUACACAGGGUGCAUGGGGACGACCAGCAGCAGCCUUCAGCAUGAAAAUUGGGGGGGGGAAGAGUGUCCUGUGAAGCAGAGCUGGGUCCUGCUGCUCUUACCUCCCUAAUAGCUUCUUGUGCUGCUUUUUCUGCUUCCUCUCCGGCGCUCGCCACUGCAGCCGUGUGGGAUGCAGGGAGGGAGAGCACAGUUCAGGUUUGGGAGAUAACAAUCCCUGGGGAUUUUACUUCCACGGAGCAAGGGAGACGGCACAAAGCCUUUGAGCUUUGCCGGUGUUUUGAACACCCGAGUGAAUUUGGCCUCAUGCUGCAAGGCUGCUGCUGCUACUGCUUGCUGUGUCCCCAGGAUGCACCCCUGGCUUUUGGGGGGGUUGUGGCCCCGACGACGGGCCAUCACGCUGGGGCAUGGCCUGGCUCCCCUUGGGAACACAAAAGCCACUUUGCUUACGUGCUGUGUCCCAGCUCCAUGUUCCUCCCUCCUCUCCUCCACAGUUCUGCUUUGCACUCGCAGGGGGAAGAUGGUCUUCUGCCUUAAGCAUAGGGGUUUUUUUUUUCAUUUUUCUUUACAUUUUUAUUCCAGAAGGCAAUUGGAUUGUUUUGUCUCCUAGGAAAAGAGGGGCUGGGGCUCCUGAGGGAAGAGUGGAAAAUCCCUACAGUAACUCUGCAGCAGUCACAGCUGGGCUCGGUGGCUGUCACCUCAUCAAACCUUGCCUCCUUUACAUGGCGCCAUCCCAAAUACCGCACCUUGGGACGAGCUGUUGACCCACCACCACUGUGGGGUUAAACUGGCACGUUGGCAUCCCUCGGGGGCUUCGGUCCCGGCUGCAGUACCCGGGCUGCAGGAGAAAGGCAGGUUGUGCAGGGGGAGGAGAGGAAAGGGCUGGAAUAUUGGGUGUACAGGGACGCUGACUCCCCAGCCCUGUUCCCGGUGGGAGUCGGAGGCUGCUCCGGCCCCGGCACAGCCCUGCCGGGGUGGGCAAGAGGCGCCGACCCUGCCUGGGAAGACCCCUCAUGGCCUGGCAGUCCCCCAAGCUCUAGAAACCAAAUUGCAAACUCUUUGCUCCAGAGGAGAAAUUGGGCAGCCUGGUAGAAGUUGUGACGCCCUCCCCGUCCCAUAGGUCCUCCCGGUGAAGGAUCGGCAUUUGGAGGGGGCUCGGGGUGGAAGCGCCAAGGUUUCCCCCUGGGUCCUGCUGCCGCCUUCCUCUCCCCUCCCCACUGUGUUGGUCUAAAUGAUCUUUCUAUGAAGCCCUGUAGAUGUCAAAAGUAAUUAUGGAGUGUGAUUAGUCCUCUGUGGGUGCUUGCUUUCUUUCCUCCUCCUUUCUCUUUUGCUAUCCCCUUCUCCACUCUUCUUUUUUGGCUAAGUGGAAAAGGUGAGGACAAAGAAUUGCCGCUUGCUUGGACUCAUGAUGUAUCUGUGACCGCGCUAUUAGCUGUCUCCUCUUUCCUCCCCCAAAUGGAUAUAAUUUUUGAAGUGUGGAAUACCCUUCUUGAUAAGUAGGUUUAAAAAAAAAAAAAAUGCACAAUGUGAUACUGUUUCAUAGUUUCUAGGUGGUUGU